AUGUCUCUUCUGCCGCUGCUAUUGGACUACGAGCUGGAGCGUCCGAGGCGUCUCCUGGACCAGCACUUCGGGCUGGCGCUGACUCCCGAAGACUUCCUCAGCAUGGCCGGCCCAGCCGCCUCGAGGGAGUACUACCGACCUUGGCGUCACCUGGCGGCUGCGGCCAGGGACCUCGGUUCCAACAUAAAGGCCGACAAAGACCAGUUCCAAGUAAACUUGGACGUUCAGCAUUUCUCUCCCGAAGAGAUAUCGGUGAAGACGGCAGACGGGUUCAUAGUGAUUGAAGGGAAACAUGAAGAGAAGAAGGACCAGCACGGGUUUGUGUCGCGCCAGUUCACGCGGCGCUACUCGCUGCCCGAGGGUUGCGACCCUGACGCGGUGGAGUCCAAGCUGUCUUCAGACGGGGUGCUGACGGUGGUGGCUCCGAGGAAGACCCAGGCGGUGCAGGGCGAGCGUAGCGUGCCUAUAGCUCACACCGGGCCAGUUCGUAAGGAAGUCAACGCUAAUGGGGAUAAAUGA